CCUGCAUCUGGUUGUCGUCCAUAUUGUCAACGGGCGGCACCGAGAUGUCAACCUCACGCUUUUUGCCCACGGAUGAGAUAGCGAGAAUCAUCUCGCACGAAAAUCUGCAGAUACACCACAUGGAAUUGUGCGACGUGUUUGCCAGCAUUUUAUCGUGUCGGCGGAAGCUUUUUGCCAUCCUGGCUUUGAUGGGCAGGCCCUACAUGAUUGUCAAACUCAUCUGCGAGGGUAUAGUUGACGACGACCUCCCCUUCGACCAGGACCAGGAGAGCCGCACGCUGCGAUGCAGAGACAAGAAGAGAACGGUAGAGAGCCUCGUUAUCACAAAAGACCAGUGGCACCUGGAGGACUUCAAUAGCUUCUUCACCACCCAGUGGCAGUUCCUGGCGCCUCGCUUCGGCAUGGGCUGCCCUUGCGUCGUCCCGGCCAAGGUUGAGUUUGGACACAAGAAUUUUCGUAGCAUGUUCGUCCUGCCAUUUACCAAGAGCUCUGCAGUCACGGAUUCCGACUUUGAAUCCAUCUGCAAUUCGAUUGUGAGGAAGGUACAUAUCCAUCCGGCACAUAUGACGCGCUGCCCACGGAUCAUUGGCGCUGAAGUUCCCUACGCCGCCAAGAUCAUCGACGCGGGCGGCUUGGCCACGCUUGCCAGAAGCGAAAUCGAACAUCUGAGGCGCUUCGACGGGGAAGAGAACGGCAAGCGCCUCGUACAGCUGUUGUUCAGCUUUGAGUACCAGGCCCGAUUUUGUUUGAUUUUCCAGUGGGCCGACGGGAACCUGAUGCAGUUCUGGCAGCACGAUGGCAGCCAACCGCGUGGCUACAGCCUGGCCCGCUGGGUAGCCCGCGAGAUGCUAGGGCUUGCGCAAGGCCUAGAUUUGAUUCAUAACUCGCCGCCGCGGAAGCAGGGCGACCUUUCCACCAAAGGGCGACACGGCGACAUAAAGCCCGAGAACAUCUUGUGGUUCAAUAGCGACGGCAAGGACGGCAACGACUACGACUACGACGGCGACGGCGACGGCGACGGCAGACACCACCAACUGCCAACGCAGGUCCUCAAGUUCUGCGACUUUGGCUUGGCCGACUUCCACACCCAGGCGUCCGUGUCCAAGGUCCCCUCUCAGAGCAUCGGCAUGACGCAGUCGUACCGCGCACCCGAGUGCGAGACGCAUCCGAACAUUACGCAGGCCUACGACCUUUGGUCACUGGGUUGCGUCCUGCUGCAGUUCGUCACGUGGUACAUGCAAGGCUGGGACGGCGUUGAUGCCUUCUCCAUCAGUCGCAUGGGGGGCUCGCUGCACGAAGUCUUAGGUUGGCACGUAUCCGAGGACACCUUCUUCCACCUAAUCACCCAAGACUUCAAGAAGAAGCCCAUCGAUCACCCCGCCGUCAAAAAGGCUAGUAGCACCCACCCCCUGCCGUCCUGUCCUGUCUUGCUUGCAUUAAUUGGCUUGGCUGCCCCCGUUAACACGUUUCUGUAG